CUGCAACACUGCCGUAAUUGGCUUAAACAGCCAAAAACAUACAGCAAUGCCAACAAAUGCUCACAAAUACAGCAUUUUGCUGCCCACCUACAAUGAAAAGGAUAAUUUACCAAUUAUAAUAUGGCUGAUUGUGAAAUACAUGAAGGCCAGCGGCUACGAUUACGAGGUGAUUGUGAUAGACGAUGGCAGUCCAGACGGAACAUUGGAUGUGGCCAAGGAUCUGCAGGGCAUCUACGGGGAGGAUAAGAUCAUCCUUCGUCCUCGCGGCUCCAAGCUGGGCUUGGGCACAGCUUAUAUUCAUGGGAUCAAGCAUGCCACCGGAGAUUUUAUAAUUAUAAUUGAUGCGGACUUGAGUCAUCAUCCCAAGUUUAUACCGGAGUUCAUCGAACUGCAACAGAAGGGCGACUAUGACAUUGUUUCGGGCACUCGGUAUGCCGGUGACGGCGGUGUCUAUGGCUGGGACUUCAAGCGCAAGCUCAUCUCACGCGGCGCCAACUAUCUCUCACAGGUGCUGCUCCGCCCCAAUGCCAGUGAUCUGACGGGCUCAUUCCGUCUCUACAAAAAGGAUGUGCUAGAGAAGUGCAUCGCCAGCUGUGUGUCCAAGGGUUACGUCUUUCAAAUGGAAAUGUUGGUACGAGCGCGCCAGCACGGCUACACCAUUGCCGAGGUGCCCAUCACAUUUGUAGAUCGCAUCUAUGGUACAUCCAAGCUGGGUGGCACCGAGAUCGUGCAAUUUGCUAAGAAUUUGUUGUAUCUAUUCGCUACCACAUAAACCAGAUGAGAAAAUGCGACCGGACUGAGUGGAUUUUUAAAUUAAUUAUUUCUUUGGAUUUUCUUUGCAUUGUUUGUACAUUUGGUAAGAUUUGUUUAAAGAAUUUUACAUACAACUAAUGAAUUAUGCAUGAGAAA